GCCUGCCCAAUGAACACCUCUCAAGACGCCCAAAACACAGCUUCACAGCCUUCUUCUGCCCCUCGGUUUUUCCUAAUUCAGGUUCGUAAGAGGUCGUAAACAGUCACGCCGGUGGGUUCUGUUUUGGCUGUGCAAAUCGACUUUUGAUUCACAUUACAACAGGCUUUCUCCUGAAGAUCAUCUCAUUCAAAAAGCUCAAAUAAUCUUUACCGCUUUGUGGGAAAAAAUCAUCUACUCUCAAACACUCACAACCUCACUACCUCCACCAUCAGACUACAAUAUCUUACAUUCAACAAACUUCAAUACUUUGUUCGGCCCUCUCGCAAAUAGCAAAACACACAUACACACACACACCCUCACACCCUCACAUCACCAAAUGCCCCCAAGCGGCUUCUCUCACCAACGCUCCCAAUCCACCUCCUCUCUCCCACCCUCAUCCGCCUCCAUCGUCGGCUCCUCCUUCGGCAUCCACGCCCGCCACGCAUCCACCUCGCUAGCCCGUGGGCCCGGCACGCACGUCAUCCGUCCCACGAGCAUCCCCAGUUUCCGGGGUUUUUAUUACUAUUACUCGCUGUCGCUGAGGACCGGGUCGACUCAGGACGUGGGAGGAUUGUUGGCUGGUCCGUUGCUGGGUGGUCGGCAACAAGCCGAUAAGGACGCAAAGGAGAAGGAGAAGAAGAAGAAGAGGGGUGCACAAGGGCAGGGCAAGGGAGGAGGAGGAGGAGGACAGGGAGGGGGAGGCGGACCAGGUGGUGGGAAGGGGACUGGGUCUUGAGAGAUUGGUGUGUUGAAUUUGUGUUUGUGAGUUUGAAGCACACAUACAUACACGCACGUCGAGUUUUGAGGUUUGUGAGGGGAUGAGUCAAAACAUGGACACAACGAUGAACGAACGGGGGGCGGCUGCGGCUGCAGCUGGUGGCAAGAGGGUUGUGGUGAUGGUUGAGCGGAUAAAGGUGAAAAAGCGAAGCAACUUUGAGACUCUCAUCAAAUUUGGGACGGAUGCCUCCGGUCUCGAACGUACUUUCCGCCUCUUCCAGGCCCUCGCCCAAUGCAUCGCCCACAUCCCCUCCAUCCGCUCCAUCUUCAUGCUCAUCCUCUCCUCCCUCCGCCUCUUCAUUGCCUCCUUCUUUUUGAGCAGCAUAUCCAACCUAGUUUCACCCUCCAAAGAACUAUCUUCCCCGUCAGCCAAAGCAGAAGCCCAAAUCAUCACUACCGCUUUAGGCGUCCGCUCAAAAUUAGCACAAGGCCGCCGCUUCUUCAGGCUCUUCCGCUUCUUGGACAGUUUUCAUUCUGCUUCGACCCUCUACUACCAGUACCAGGCACAAACUGAUAUCGACAAGAGCGGCGAGGUGGGCAUGUACUGCAUGUGGUUGGAUAUCAUGUCCAAGAGCUUUAAUGGGAUGUACCUCCUCUUCGAGACGCUGGGAUUUUGCGCGGCGCUGGGCGUACCGGGGCUGGACCCAUGGGGCCCAGAGGUCAAUAGGUUUUUGCAUGUGGAGGGUCAAAGAUUCUGGUUGUUUGCGCUUGUUUGCGGGGUGAUUGGGGGUGUGGUCCGGUUGGUGUAUGAACGCGACCUGGCUGGUGGUGGUGGUAGUAGUAACGGUGGUGGCGGUGGUGGUGGUGCUGCCGCUGCUACUGCUACUACCAGUGAUAGAACCUCUGAGACGGAAAAGGAGAACGAGAUAGGAUCCCGAGAGGAUGAUGAGCAUGGUAAUCAACUCAAGGAGGAGGAGCGCCAGCGUGCUGCGUUGGAAAAAAGGGCAGAAGAGGAGCAGAGGAUGGUAAUUUGGACGGAUCGCCGUAUGCGGAUCAAACGUAGGAUCACGGCUGAUCUGCUUGAUCUUGCUCAGCCGGGUGCUGUUGUGGGGUGGUUUCCUGACUGGCCGGGCAUGAUUGGGCUUAUGAUGGUUGGAAGUACGUGGCUUACUGGCGUAGAGGUGUGGGAGAAGUGUGCGCGGUGAGUAAGUGGUGGUGGAGUUGGCGGUGGUUCUUGUUCAUCAACAUCUAUACCUUGGAUAUAGCGACGCUCGUAUAAAGCUGUGCGAGAAGGAAAAAGGGUAAUAUAUAUAUUGUUUAUCCGC